AUGCAAAAACCAGACGCCGCCGUGCGUGUCCACCGCACGGUAUCCACCGGCGCAGCCGAGAACGUGCCUCCAUUCAAACACUCGCCACCAACCCCCCAUCCACUCGACACUGUCGUGGGCCCUCACAGCACCAUGCUGCGAAGAGACCCGGCGUACCAACCCCCGACAAGUCGGUUUGCCGCCGCUCCUCUCAGCCGAGCACACGAGCGCAAGCUGAAGCAACUCGGUCGGACGCUGCUCAAGCAAGCGAUUGUCGAAUGUGAAACGUCGCUGCAAGGGAUGGACCAGCACUGGAAGCACGUGCGCAACUCGUACGGCAUUAAGGUGUACAAGGCCAAGACGAUCCACGCGCCGUCCCAGAUCAUGACGACCGGCAUCAUCAAGGCCAGUUUGAACCAAGUCAUGCAGUGUCUGUACGCGGACAACACGGCGCAGUUCCGCAUGCUGAACGCUCUCCUCAUGCCGAAAGAACACCUCGACUGCGAAGUGCUCCAUGCGCUCGAUGUCCAAGACGACAGCCACCCGUUUCGAUUCAACGGCGUCAAGUGGUGCGCGACCACGUCGGGGUCGCUUGGCAAGACGAAAGACCUGUGCUACUUCGAGUCGACGGGACUGACCCAGACCCUGGACAAGGACGGCCACCCCCUCGAGUACGGCUACUGCUUUCUCGAGUCGUACGACUUGCCGCAGUGCCCCAAGCUGGACGCGUUUUCGAUCGGCCGCGCCAAGAUCUCGAUUCGCCACAUCUUUCGAGAGCUUCCGAUGGGGGCGACCGUCGUAAUGACACACUCCACGGUGGACUCGUCGACGUUGCCGAUGUGGAUCCACCCGCAGGGAUCAAUCCCCCCGCAAGUCUUGUCUAUUGUCAACGCCGCCGAAGUUGCACAGUCGGUGGAACUUUCCCUCCGCGUGCACCAGCAAACGUCGGAUGGCCUGACUGUGUACAACAAGGCCGCCACCGCGACCCAUCACAACACGAGCCCCAGGCCAUGGGCCAAGCUCUCGUUUCUGCUCAACCGUCAUCCCAAGUGCACCCUGUGCCGCAACGAAGCCCCCAAGCUCAUUCGCCGACGGAUCGUCGAAGUGGAAGGCAAUGGCAUCAAGACGUCACGGCAAUUGUUUUGCUGCACCUGCGCGUCCCCCACUGUGUCAUCUUUUCCGACGCCUGUGGGGCUCGCCCCAACACCCGUUGACUACGAGGACAACGACGAUGAUGGAUCGUCCAUGCUCUUGUCCAUGCGAAGCAGCAGCACGCUUCAUGUGUCUGGGUACGCUUCGUCGUCGUCAUCGUCUGCGUGUUCGUCAGAGUCGUCCGUGCACAUGCUCGAGCUGGACGACGAGGACGCGUUGGACGAGCUGUCGUACUCGGGGCUUCCGUUCACACGUGUCCCGCCGCCGCCACUGGUUCACAAGUCGAGUCAAGUCGUGUACCACAGCGAGACGGAGGACUCGUCCGACGAGUGCUCCGAGUCUCCGCGACAGCCUGAUGAGUUCUGUUGCCACAUGCACUCUGUCCACCCCGCGUCGACAUCGAUCGCGACCGAGCUCUCCCGACUCACUGUGCAAAUGGACCACAUUUGGGGCAUCGUCCGCGCCAACAAAACGCAAGCCGACUACUUUCGAGGCUGCAACCGCAUAGAAUAUUUAUGAUCUGUACAAUACAAGCACCGUCCUCACGGGUCGCAACGUGGGGAUGGAUCCUUCCCAUGAA